AUGAAGCAAGAAUACCAGCUGGAUCCUGAAAUUAAUGGCUCAUUCAAAUGCCUGCUAUCCAAAGGAAAAGGAGUCCUGAGAAGCAUGUAUGAAUGUUCCACAGGCAAGGAGAGCCUUCAGCAGCCGGGGGAGAAAGGGGGCCGGGCGCUAGGGAAGGCCCCGAGCAGGCGCCGGCCGCCCCCCGCGGGCUCUCCGCGGCCUGCCCGAGCCCCGCGGCGCAGAGCGGCGGAGCCCAGGGGCGGGGAAAGGAACGAAGGGAAAGGAAAGGAAGGGAAGAAGGGGCCCGGCCGCCCUGGCAGGGACAAGCGGGGAGGCGGAGGCAGGACUCGGCAGGAGGAGGGUGGGCGGCCCGGGCCCCGCCGCCCCCGCCGCCGGGCUGAACGCGGCCUGCGGCAGGCUGCGGCCAUCGCGGGCUUGCCGCCCCCGUGCGCCCCUCGGAGGACGGAGGGGUGGGGGCAGAGGAGGCGGAGGAAGCGGCGGCGGCGCCAGGAACAGGGAGGCGGCGGCGGCACGGUGAGGGAGGGAGGGAGCCGGAGCCGGGCCGGGCCCCGCCGGAGCAACAGCAGCGCCAGCUCCUCCUCCUCCUCCUCCUCCUCCUCCGGCUCGGUGAGUCCCGCUCCGUCGCCUGGGAGGCUGCUCGCCGCCCAGCCCGGAUGCCGGCGCAGGCCGGGCCGCGCCGUCGAGGUGCCCGGGAAAGGAGAGGCCCGCGCCGGGAGCGGGGCACCGCGGCCUCUGUUGGGUUUUACAGGCUGCAAGCAGUCCAGUCUGCGUUUCCCAGUGAUGUGAAAUACAGGACCUACAGCUUGGUAGCUAGAGCCCUCACUCGGAGCAUAAGACAGCCAAGUUACUCAGUUCUGCCCCUUCUGUAACGGGGGCUGCCUCAAACACUGUCCUGUUGGCUGCUCUGAAGUACAGAGAGCUUUCUGUCUGUUCUUUUAAAGCUCUUCUGGUCUGCAGAAGGUUAACGGAGCUGAAAAAUAAAGGGCUAGAGAGGGUAUAUGUUCUCUCAGCCCAGUGGCCUAAGGAUCUGCUGUGGAGGGGGAAAACCUGGGAUUGACCGUCUGGCCCAGUUCAUCUUAUGUCUUAAGCUAUUUCUUCACGAUAGAGUAUCAGAAUCAAGAAUAAGUGAGAAUUUCCCUUCCAUGAUGGCUGGGACCACUGUCCAGGAUGCUAGAAUUUGUAGUUUGGUUUUCCCAUGGAGCAAAGUCUUUAUGUGAUGUGGAAGGAUAUGGUAAUUAUUUAUCCACUUAUCGUGGUGUCCAGAAAAAGAAGUAGUUGACACAGUCCUUUAUGCAACAUGAUUCUGUGAGGUGCUUCAUGUUUUCCUUUCAGAACAUGCCUUAGGAGCUAUGUGAAGGCACAGCCAUGAGUCCUUGAGUUAGGCAUUGAUACAGUUCUGCUCAGAUGAGAUACUUCUGGAGAUUGUUUUGAUUUUUUUGUUUGUUUUGUUUUUCCUUGCAAAAAUAAGGUUAAGGACUGCGGAGGAGGUUUCAACUAAAAAGUAAUACUAAUAAAUUGGAAUUUAGGUAUUUCCUAAUAAAGCAGUUCCCCACAUGUGAAGGGGAGAGGGGUGUUGAUGAACAUUUUAAAUAUCAAGUCCUAAUUUCUGUGGACUCUUCAGGAACCUGACUCUUCUAGUAUGCUCUAAGUAUUUGCAGUGAUUGUUGGAGAAGUUACUUAUGCUUAGGUACUGAAAAAAAAAUCUUAACUUAGACAAAAAUCAGAUGCUUUAUCUCUAUUUUAGUUAAGACUGGUUGUAGUUCUGACCUUUGCAGUUUGUCAAAAUGUACUUUGCUUUGAAUUGUAUUUUUGGAAAGCAGGCCACCAACCUCAGAUCUGUUGUGUCACAGGCAGAAUGUGGUAGGAAUCAUGAGAAUAGUCCGUGCCUUGCUGGAGUCACCAGUUAGCAAACUCAGAGCAUUUUUCAUGUAAGGCUUAAGCUCCGGAGAGGAAUAUUUUUGGCCUAUUUGUCAGUCUGAAUUCACUUUCUUUGCAGGUUGCAACUUCAUUAAUGGUUUAGAUAACCUUGUGUCUUGGUAUCUCGUUCUUUGUUUUUCUGCAUCUUUCUAACCCCUUGAGAUAUAUACUACUUACGGAUCUUCCGCUUAUCAUAGGGUUACCUGAUAAUCCUUUGUACUGUAAGAUGGGUAAUUCAUUUGCUUAUUGCCUUGGUAAACUUUAAGCAGUUGGGCUGAAAAGACUUAAAAAUUCAGCAGGCAUUUUAUAAAGUUUUGAGGAAUGUCAGGAAGUAGAAUCAUUACUAAAGAGAGGACAGUGAUAGAAGCUAUCCUGAAAGGUUGGGUAUUUCUCCACGGAAUGAUGAAACCCAAGGUCCUGUGUUCGCCUAUUUCUGUAUUGUCAGCAAAUUCCUGAAAGGGACCACAGGCUUAACUGAUUGAUCUCGUGCAGUGGAUGACAGUUCGCUGCUGCUGCAAUUAACUACUUGAGUUACACCCAUUUUGUUCUGUUGUCACCAUAUACUUCCAUGGAGAAAUGAGGGAGGUUUCAGUUUUGAGUAGGCAGUUGUUCAAAGCCCCCUACAGGUCAAGCCCUCCCUGCCCCAAAUCGUUCCACGUCACAAAAAUUCGAACUUCAGGUUUCAGAAUGAAGGGACCUUAAUUUGGCCUGCUGGUGCAUAUAUAUUAUUAUUCAGCUUAUGAAUCUGUCUAAAAGAGUGGAAAUUGAGCUCUCCAUGUUCUGUCUCGUGAAAUGCUGAACAGAGCAUUGAAUAUCUACGUAUUAACAAGUGUCAGAUAGAGACAGCAAAAAUUUCCUUAGCGAAGCCAAUAAUUCUGUUUAUGAGCUCUGGAAUUUGGAGUUUAAUUAGUAUGCUGUAAGUAAAUGAUGGGAUCAUACACUUCAAAGGGUGAUGAAGAGAAGAAUUAAUGUAAACAUUUUUAUUCUGUGUAUGAGGCAAGACAGAGAAGAGAAUUGCUCAGGCAACCCUUCUGGCUUUUCUCAACUUCUGAGUUCUUGAACUCUGAACCUUUAUGAAGUCUUCUGCUAUGUUUCCUAUAUAAAUAGUUCAGAUAAAGGAUACAAAAACAUGUUUUGCAGUAUACUGUUGUUUAAGAGUGAAAACAAGGGAUUUUGCUCACCAUUAGAAGUUGUUAUAGAAGUUGCCUUUGAUUGGUUUAGUGUUUAUUGUAAAAUUUCCGGGAAAAUAAAAUUGCUGGUGCAACUGACUUUAUUAUUUAUUUCUAUUUCAGAAAUAAAAAUCAAAUUUUGAAUUC